AUGAUUCCCCGUAGGUUGAAGGUCAUCACUCAGAAUGUCUGUGUAUUUAUUGGCGUUUACCUUGGUCUCUAAGGGGUUGAGUGGACCUAUUACCUUGGUCUCUAAGGGGUUGAGUGGACCUAUUACCUUGGUCUCUAAGGGGUUGAGUGGACCUAUUACCUUGGUCUCUAAGGGGUUGAGUGGACCUAUUACCUUGGUCUCUAAGGGGUUGAGUGGACCUAUUACCUUGGUCUCUAAGGGGUUAAGUGGACCUAUUACCUUGGUCUCUAAGAGGUUGAGUGGACCUAUUACCUUGGUCUCUAAGGGGUUGAGUGGACCUAUUACCUUGGUCUCUAAGGGGUUGAGUGGACCUAUUACCUUGGUCUCUAAGGGGUUGAGUGGACCUAUUACCUUGGUCUCUAAGGGGUUAAGUGGACCUAUUACCUUGGUCUCUAAGAGGUUGAGUGGACCUAUUACCUUGGUCUCUAAGGGGUUGAGUGGACCUAUUACCUUGGUCUCUAAGGGGUUGAGUGGACCUAAACCAUGUCAGGAAAAUGCACCCCACACCAUAACAGAGCCGCCAGAACCCUUCACCGUGGGAAACUUUGUAUCCCUCAUUUACUCAAGUGCUUCCUUUAUUUUGUCAGUUACCUGUAUAUUAUUUUUCCCCCACAGGAAUGAGUCCUGCCUCCUGCCACGGCAGUGAGGAGACUACCUCUACAUCGGGAGAACCUGAACAACAUCAGCAGAACCCCAACACAGCCACCACGUCUCACCGCUGCUUUGGCUGUGGACAGGAGUUCCCCUCUGUCUAUGACCUGAUGCUACACCAGCGGACACACAGAGAGAGAGACUUCUACGAGUCUGUCUGUGGAGAGCUGUGCUACCAGAAAGAGUUACCCAAAACACAUCAGAAAGUUGACACAGGUGAAAAGCCACAGAGAUCCUUUUAAAGAAAAUUACAUUAGAAUCUUGUGUGUGAGCAGUCAUGUUGGAAACCAUGACUGCAAGAGUGUUGCGUAAGUGGUUUGAGUGACUGAGAAUAUGGUUUAUCACACUAAGUUUACCACAGCUCAACGUUAGUGAUGUUACAAUGUAAAACUCAACUACAUUGCUGACGUUGCAUUGCAUCAACCAAUGGUUGCGUGCCGUGUCAUUAACUGCACAGUCGGGUGUCAGAUUGCCAUAUCAUAUGAUGUGGUUUGAUGAUAAUAUUUAUGUUAAACACCUAUCCAUGUGUCGUGAGAUCUGGCAUGCGUCUGCCAUGCAGUCAGCGUGGAAUGUGACCAGUGAUAACUCACUCUGUUUUUUUUAUUUUACACAUUGGCCUUUCACUAGUAAACUGACACGGCGGCCGUGUCCGAAUACCCAUGCUAGCGUACUAAAUAGUAUGCGAAAAAUAAAGUGUUAUAGUAUGUGACAUUUCUAAAAUAGUACUCCAAAUGCGUCACCUAAUACGCGUGAAUUCUACUAGAACAAACGGCCGAAAUGAGUAUGCAGUUUAAGUAUGUAGUACGCUAGUAUGGGUAUUCGGACAUGGCCACUGUCUUUCUUUCAUGCAUCAGGAAUAGCUGUACAACACCAGAAGAAUCCCAAAGCUAAGAAGUCUCACGGCUGUGUAGUGUGUGGGAAAGAACUAUCUGACGCCAUGAAGAUGAAGAGGCACAUGAGAACACAUACAGGAGAGAAACCUCACUGUUGCUCUGUGUGCGGCAGGGGAUUCACACAGAAAGGACAUCUGAAAACACACAUGAAAACACACAGAGGUGAGAAGAAGUCUUAA